GGAGGUACCUUUUAUGAGUCGGGUUGGGGGCGUUGACUCGGACACGGACACCCUUAUAAGAAGCCUAAGAAGCGGAAAUGUGUGUGGGUGUGUGUUUGUUGUAUAGGGUGGACCUCUGUUCUCAAACACUGACACAAAAAUUCAAAAGAUAGAGUAAUGGCAGGUGGAGGAGUAGAAAGUGGAGCACCAGGGAAAAGGGCUCACCUUUACGAGCACAGAUUCACUAACUAUUUCGCCUUUACAUGUAUCGUUGGGGCCCUUGGCGGUUCUCUCUUUGGCUAUGAUCUUGGUGUUUCUGGUGGGGUGACUUCAAUGGAUGAUUUUCUGAAAGAGUUCUUCCCAAAAGUGUACAGCAGGAAGAACUCGCAUCUGAAUGAGACAGACUACUGCAAAUAUGAUGACCAAGUCCUAACACUGUUCACAUCGUCCCUUUAUAUCUCAGCACUGGUCAUGACAUUCUUUGCCUCCUACUUAACAAGAAGCAAGGGAAGGAAGGCCAGCAUCAUAGUGGGAGCCCUUAGCUUUCUGGCAGGCGCAAUCCUCAAUGCAGCAGCUAAGAACAUUGCAAUGCUGAUCAUUGGCAGGGUCCUUCUCGGUGGAGGCAUUGGCUUUGGUAACCAAGCUGUUCCAUUGUACCUUUCGGAAAUGGCUCCGGCAAAGAACCGAGGAGCGGUGAACCAACUGUUUCAGUUCACAACUUGUGCUGGAAUCUUAGUUGCAAACCUAGUGAAUUACUUCACGAACAAAAUCCAUCCCCACGGAUGGAGGAUAUCACUGGGUUUGGCAGGUGUUCCGGCAGUUCUUAUGCUCAUUGGAGGUAUUCUGUGUGCUGAGACACCUAACAGCCUUGUGGAGCAAGGAAGGUUGGACGAAGCAAGAAAAGUACUGGAGAAAGUUAGAGGUACAAAGAAUGUUGAUGCUGAAUUUGAAGAUCUUAAGGAAGCAAGUGAAGAAGCCAGAGCUGUGAAGAGCCCAUUUAGGACACUCCUCAAGAGGAAGUAUAGGCCACAACUGAUCAUAGGUGCCUUGGGGAUUCCAGCAUUCCAGCAGCUAACUGGCAAUAACUCCAUCCUCUUCUAUGCCCCUGUCAUUUUCCAGAGUUUGGGGUUCGGUGCUAAUGCUGCUCUCUUUUCAUCUUUUAUCACCAAUGGGGCUCUUCUAGUUGCCACCGUCAUCUCAAUGUUUUUGGUUGACAAGUUUGGCAGAAGAAAAUUCUUUCUGGAAGCUGGAUUUGAAAUGAUAUGCUGCAUGAUUAUUACGGCUGCGGUUUUGGCUGUGGACUUUGGACACGGGAAAGAACUUGGAAAAGGACCCAGUGCAGUUCUGGUUGUUGUGAUAUUCUUGUUCGUGUUGGCAUAUGGGAGAUCUUGGGGUCCCCUUGGGUGGUUGGUUCCGAGUGAGCUAUUCCCAUUAGAGAUAAGGUCAGCUGCACAGAGUAUGGUGGUGUGUGUCAACAUGAUCUUCACCGCACUUGUUGCUCAGUUGUUCCUCAUGUCACUUUGCCACCUCAAAUACGGAAUCUUCUUGCUCUUCGGUGGCUUAAUUGUCGUCAUGAGUUUCUUCGUCUUCUUCCUUUUGCCCGAAACCAAGAAAGUCCCAAUAGAGGAGAUUUAUCUUCUUUUCGAAAAGCAUUGGUUCUGGAAGAAUGUUGUCACUAACGACCAAAAUGGAUCAGAAGGGACGCCAGUGGCAAAUGUUUAAAAUCUCAGCAUACUAAUAUAUGGAACAACUCUAGGUUUCUUUAUAUAUUUUUUUUCCUUUUUUUAGAAUACUGUUUGUUACUUUCAUUCUCUAAAAGAUAAAUCUCCGCAUAGUA